UUCAUUCCGAAUCAAGAAGAAACACAUGAAUUGUCCAGUUCCGUGAGCAGUUCAAUGACCCGAUGAGGAGUUUCUCAUCAAGUUAUCCCGAAAGCAGAGUGGGGAGAAAUGAGAAUCAGAAAGAUGAUGGGCGGCCCAACGUCGACGGCGCCAUGGAAGCAGCUUCUUCUCGACGCGUUGCACUCCAACUCCAGCCUCAAGCACUCCUCCUUCUUCCAGCUCGCGACUGUGGGAUCCAAUGGAAGACCCUCCAACCGAACCGUCGUCUUCCGGGGGUUUCAAGAGAGCACUGACAAGAUCCAAAUUCAUACCGAUUCCCGCAGUCGCAAGAUUGAAGAGCUCAAGCACAAUCCGCUAGCUGAGAUAUGUUGGUACUUUACCGACUCUUGGGAGCAAUUUCGGAUCAGUGGAAUAGUCGAAAUGAUUGAUCAUUCAAAUCCUGAUAGCCUGAAGCUUCAGCAACGAGAGAAAGCUUGGCAUGCUUGUUCUGUGAAAUCCAGGCUACAGUACUUGGGACCUACUCCUGGCCUCCCCUACAUAGGCGAACAUUUUACGGAUGAAAAUUCUUUAGAUUCUUCGACCGGCCCUGUCGACUCUUUUUGUCUGCUGAUCAUGGAUCCAGAUCAGGUUGAUUAUUUGAAUUUGAAGAGUAACCAGAGGAUGACUUUUACAUCAACAAAAAGUGAUUCUGAAGAGAAAUGUUGGGCUUUGGAGAGGAUCAAUCUAUGAUUUUCUGAUAUUAUCUGAUCUUCACAAUCUACACAGAUAAAAUGGCAAAUUCAGAGCAUUUCCAGUGGUUUUUUUUAAUACCAACAUUUCCAGUUAGUGUAAUAUGCAUAUAAUAUCUCAAUCUUUCAGCAGCAUGCUUAAAAAGCAAGCCUUUUCAACUGGGAUUCAUAAGUCAGGUCUGAAAUUUUCUUUGGUGUAUCCAGCGAAGCAAGCAGAUAUGUAUGCGUACUUUAGCAUGCCUAAAGACUGAAGAAAUUUGAGGCGUAAUUGGCCAUUGUUCAGUUGCUCUGAUGUCUCAAGGAACAUUGUGCUAUCCUCCAUAUGGCAUGUUGCCAUGGGUAAAGGUAUUUUCCUUGGUCGAGAGAAUACAAGAGAGUCACAGGCAUUUGUGCUCGAUGAAUUGUAACUAUUUUCAUGUCCGAAGACCUACGUGCACCAUUCUUGAUCAAGAAGUGUGCUCAUUCUAUUAAAGGACCUAAAAAGUCUACAUUGCUACUCAUACGAGAGGACAUUAAGAAAGUUGUCUGCAAGACUAUGUUCUGCCUGGACAGUGUCAUUGAGAACCCAGAUGCAUCUAACUGCAAAUUUUUCUGUCA